CAAUAAACAGAGGAGAAGGAAACACGAAUUUACACGUUGAUAUAAUACUCUACCCUAACAAGAUUGCAACUACUCAUAAUAUGAAGACGAAAUACGGGCGGGAAGAAAAGAUUCAUUGACGCAAGAGAAUUUGAGCGGUUUCAAAAAUCAGCUGAUUGCAAUGAGUCUCGUUGUUUUGAUUCUGGCUGUUUGCGGUGGGAUCGUUUCUGCGAGUAUCGCAAUAUUUGUGUGCGUUUUCGCGUUCCGCAACAGGGGCCAGAAGGCUGCAAGGACUAAGAAGAAUAGCAGCUCCAAAGCGAAGCACGAAUUGGAACCAAUUCUGCCACCGGAUAGAAUAAGUUCAGAGUCGGAGGGAGACACAAACAAGGGAAAUGUGUCUCCUUGCCCAUCUUGUAGGAAGAUCUCAACAUUUUACAGUCCAUGCGAGUGUGACAUGAUUUCCGCUCAAAACUUAGAGGCGAAACCAUGUCAGGUGCAGUUUUCACUUUAUUAUAACUUUCACGAUUCUCAUUUAUUUAUUAACAUUAUCUGCGCGCUGAACGUUCCGCUACGAUGGUAUGGAAAACACCCGCCGACACAAGUGCGAUUUCAACUUCUUCCAGACGAUUCCAACGUUUACCGCACGGAAAUCAAAAGCAAUACAGGCGAGCCAAUUUUUAACGAGACAUUCGAGUUUAUUGGAUAUUCAGAAAACGAGCUAAUGGAGUUGACUCUUCGCCUGGGACUGUACGCGUUUGAUAAGUUCAGCAGAGGAAAAAUGAUAGGCUUCACAGAUUUGCGUUUUGAUUUGGAGAAAUUUCAUCCUAGCGAGCCAACCAUAAUAUGGAGAAACUUAUUACCUAAAUCCCAGACAAGAGGACGUUCUCUUAGCUUUUCAAGAGGAGAAAUCCACAUUUCACUCCGCUAUGAAGCAAAAAGACAAAGACUGAACGUUAUUAUCUUGAAAGCUACGAAUCUAAUGAAGACCAGCAAGUUUCUUAAUAUUGCACCGUACGUCUGUGUGAACCUGAAUGCAAAUGAAGCACUACUGGAAACCAGGCAAACCAAGAAAACUCGAGGGGUGAAUCCUGUGUGGAAUCAGGGUUUCUUGUUUGAUGUGGACGGUGACACCGUUGAUGAAUACUCGAUCACGAUCAGGAUCAUGAACCACGACCUUCUCACUUCGGACGAGGUCAUCGGUGAAAUAACAAUUGGAUCUCAGUGCGAGGGGAGUGGAAAGGAGCACUGGGACGAGACAAUGAGGAAACGAUAUACGAGAAGAGAGGUGGCAAUGACACACAUUCUGUCGUGAGCAAACGGACAGUCCUAAAAUAACAAUGGAUUGUCAAACAGUCAACGGCUUAGAUGUCCUGUAGUCAUCCAGUAACAUUAGAAAAGCCACGCAGGCUUUCGGUGGGAUUUCUCUUUGUCGCAUUAUUGGAGAUUACUAAUAUGGCAUAUCCACAACGGUCAAACAGCGGGCACUGCGUACGCGUAGUUUCCGCCGGCAAAAUGCCACUCAGCGUCUCAAAUCUCCCAUAUUCUCCAGUUUCAACUCAAAUGCUAAGCUGUGUAAGCUGCAAAUUCAUACAGAAUAGAAUGAAUGUCAUCGACUUAACUUAAGGGCUCGUAAUUUGAUUUACUACUGCUCGUUUUGUAACGUUUUCUUACAACAGUCGUGUAAAUUUUCGCUUCAAAUUCUCACAAACUUGGAGGACUCGAAAACAGGAGGUGGUGUUGAAUUUUCGCGUUUGACCGUUGUGUUCAUAUGCGGCCGCAUACAUGUCAUCAAUGUACCAACUGUGCACCAGUAAUAAAGGAUAUGUGGCUGAUAUAUUGACGUAUUGAACUAAAAAAGUUAAACUCUAGAGUAGCAAAAAAUCUUGAAACAUUGUAACUACAGAAAUAAAUGUUUAAUAAUAUGUAUAUAACAAUAUACGUCUUUACAAUUAUUUACAAGGAUUAUAUUACAAGUUUUGUACGUAAUGAAAAUAAAUAAAUUCAGUACAUAAAUAUCAAAACACACUUUUAUAUUCAAUAUUCCAAAAUAGAUGUAUUCUUAUUUAAAAAUACAAGUGCCGAUAACAACACGUGUAAGAGGAAAGAUCUUACUGAACUAUCAGUAACGUCUCCUUUGCGGUCAUUAACGUUACAAGAAACGCUAUGUGACAAAUAAUAUAACGGCUAUUAUUUGAAAGUCCAGGAAAAUAUUAUCUUAGGGUAAUACGACCUGUUAUUUAUUAACGCGCACAGUUCACUGUGCGCGCUGUUAAGCCACCCGCUGUCAAUGGAAAAAAUUGGAACUCUUCCAGAACUUCUACGAGGAUUUGCCGAAAACGACAUUUGUUCAGAUUUUGCACACGCCGCUCAGGAAUAUGACACACGCGGGCUUUGGAAAGACUGGGCUUGACGUGAAACAAACUGAACUAACACACAUACUUUGACCGCGUAAGAGACCUCGUUGUUAUUCCAGUAAAAUGUACGCUUUCUUUAAUGCUGCCAGUUCAAGGUGACUUCUUCACCUUUUGAGAUACCUUACAUAAAGCCCAUUACAAUCACUACAAUUAUACGACAUAUUUCUGCCUUCGUUCUGUCAUAGUGUGUUUCACAAAUCUUAAGGUAUCCUUCAUUGCUGGGAGAGGCUGAAAAACAGAAGGAUCUUUUAAUGAGAAUGCUUGCGUUUACAAGGCCGCCUUGGAAGUGACGUCCUGUGAACCCUCCUUCAUGGUUCGUCCCUGCGCAACCACCGCCGUAGUGCGUCACGAGUGCUAAACCCUGUGAAAGUCCCUAGCGAAACAUCCACUUGGACAUCGAAAACGCAUGUGCAGUCGGACCCCUUAAACGUUCCUUUUUUUAUAUAAGACAAGCUUAUUUUACCCUCAUGCCUCGCUUUUGAAGUAGAAACUGAAUUCCCAUGAAUAGCACUAAAGUAGAAAGGAAUAUGGACAUGAAAAGAAAGUGAAGGUGCCAACCGUUUGAAAGAAAUUUAGUGUAAGCUAGGCUUAAUGGAGAAUUUCUAGUUGCUGAAGCAGACGUGCAUAAGAACUAUUCUAGAAUUUUAUUUGAAAGUUGCGAGAUCAAACAGAAUGUACCAUGACUGGUCCCACAGGAAAUAACGAGCUUUGUUUUUCCCCGUUUCCGCCUCGGGAACAAUAGGGUUAUUGGGAAAACAGUCUUUGGUACCAAUCAUUAAUUCCUUAACAAGGGAAUCUCUAACGAGAGCAAUUAUCGGGUCUACUGGCUGUAACUUGUAAGGGGGAAAGAUAAGUCAUGAGACAAUUUGGUAAGAUAGUUUUGCAUUGACCAAAACAAGCAGAUGAAGA